AUGGAUUCUUCGUCGAUUGAUAUUGAACAAUCGGAUCAUUCUUAUCGUUUGGAUGGCAAUAUAAUUGUUUCUAAUCGGACAGAGACUGCAUUGGAUAUAUUUUGUCUAACUUAUACGGAAACAUUUGAAUUUUUGGCGGCAGGAUUAUCCGAUGGUACCGUACAAUUGCAUAAAACUCAUAACGGCGAGAAAGCCAGGUCCCUUUGUGACAACGAAAUAAUACAAAAUCCUGGAUCAGUAACGGCUAUCAAACAUAGGCCCGUCCAACAGACACAUCCGAUAGCUCACACUCUCAUCGCUACUUGUUAGCACAUUUCUUUUUCUAGAAUCCACAUAAAUGGAUGCGUCAAAUCUUGGCAUUAUCCAAGUUCGCAAUGCCUCUACACGAUAAGAGAGAACCGACAAAUUCUUGGUCUGGCCUAUCAUCCUAAUCUACCGAAAUUCGUAACGGUCGGUGACGACACCAACGUCUGUUUGUACGACGAAGAAACGAAGACUCAGGAAAGAGUGUUCCACGCUAGUGAAACCGUGGAAAAGAUGGAUGGGCACAGGUCUCGCGUAUUCGCUGCCUGUUUUAAUCCAAAAUCAGUGCACGAGAUCAUAAGCGGCGGCUGGGACGACACCAUUAUGUUUUGGGACUCUCGGCAACCUUACGCUCUCCGUUAUAUAUCGGGUGUUCACAUCUGCGGAGAUGGCAUUGACAUAAGUCAGAACGGAAAGGAGAUCCUGACGUGCGCUUGGCAAAGAAAAGAUCCCAUUCAGUUGUGGGAUUAUGGAAGUGGCAAACUCAUAACGAGUCUCGAGCCCGAUAACAUAUCUUCUAUGCUCUAUUGCGGAAAGUAUCUCAGUAAUAUCUUUAUUACAUGCGCCGGAACGGAUGCGAACUUAUUUAGAAUCGUCGAUCUGCGUUCACACUCGGUAAGUUUUCGUCGUUGCAUAAAGAGAGAAGAUCAUUUUCGUUUUCUUUCGCUUCGCUUCGUUCGAUAGACCUUAGCGAUGGUGAGAAAUUUGCUCGGAGGUGUUCACGGUAUAGCUCUUGGACCAGUCGACACGAAACGCGCUAAAAGGAUGAAACAACCCGAUAUGUUUUUGCCCAAAAUUGCCUUCUGCUCUGGCAAGACGAUUUACGAAGUUCAAGUAAAAUCCAUCUGACCCCGUCUAUUGCCGUCGCGUUUUUCCCUCCCUUGACUUAAGAGACAACUUUAUGAGAAAAGGGAUUAACAUUUGUU